AUGCCUCGUGGUCACAAGAGUAAGCUCCGUGCUCGUGAGAGACGUCACCAAAACAAAGCUGAGGCCCAAAGUCUUAAGAGUGCUCAGGCCACUGCAGGAGAGGAAGAAGGGGCUGCUGGCUCCUCCUCUUCUGUUCUGGGGGAUGCUCCCUCGAGCUCCACUGGUGCUGGCCCCCUCCAGGCAUCUCCGGGUGCCCCGGCCACCAGCAGUACCACUGCAGGUGUGUCAUACGAAAGAUCUGCUGGAAAAGCCAAAGGCCGUGCUCGGAAAAGUAAAAAUUCCUCUGGGGCCUCAACUUUUACAAAGAAACCUGGCCUGAAUAUUUUAUCUCAGAAAGCAAAUAAGUUGGUUCAGUAUCUACUGAAUCAGUAUAAAAAGAAGGAGCCCAUUAGAAAGGCAGACAUGCUGAAGAUAGUCCACAAAUGGUACAGGAAGGACUUUUCUGAGGUUCUCAGGAAGGCAACUGACCUAAUGGAUCUGGUGUAUGGUCUGGAAGUGAAAGAGGUCAAGCCCAAUGGUAACUUCUACACUCUUGUGCACAAUCAAGAUGACACCGAUGAUGGGAGUCUGAGCACAGUUUGGAGAUUUCCCAUUAAGGGGAUUCUGAUGCCUCUCCUGAGUAUGAUCUUCUUGAAUGGCUACCGCGCCCCUGAGGAGGAGGUCUGGAAAUUCCUGAAUAUGAUGGGUGUCUAUGCUGGAGAAAUUCACUUCAUUUUUGGGGAACCCAGGAAGCUUAUCACCCAAGAUUUGGUGCAGAAAGAAUACCUGGUGUACCAGCAGGUGCCCAACAGAGAUCCUCCACGCUAUGAGUUCCUAUGGGGUCCAAGAGCCCACGCUGAGACAAGCAAGAUGAAAGUCCUUGAGUUUUUGGCCAAGCUCAAUGAUAGUGAGCCCACAGCCUUCCCAUGUAUUUAUCAAGAGGCUUUGAGAGAGGAGGAAGAGAGAGCCCAAGCCAGGGCCCAAGCUGAACCCAGGGCUGGCAGUCCUUCGAAGGCCAGUGGGCACCCUACAGCCACAUCCAGCCACGACCCACGCCCUGAGUGA